AAGAGACCGCCUUCCUUCAAAGGAAGUGACGCAAUAAUACCACGUGCGCCAACACGACUUCCGCUGACGGCGACGGGCCUCUCGCUCUCAGUGUCGGAGCGGCUGCGGAGCGGAAAAGAUGCAGAUUUUUGUGAAGACCCUCACUGGGAAAACGAUCACCCUUGAGGUGGAACCAAGUGACACCAUCGAGAAUGUGAAGGCCAAAAUACAGGACAAGGAAGGGAUCCCCCCGGAUCAGCAGCGCUUGAUCUUUGCUGGCAAGCAGCUGGAGGAUGGCCGUACUCUGUCUGACUACAAUAUCCAGAAAGAGUCCACUCUGCAUCUGGUGCUGCGUCUGAGGGGAGGUGCCCUGGACCCCAGUCUCCGAGUCCUUGCUCAAAAAUACAACUGUGACAAGAUGAUCUGUCGCAAGUGCUAUGCCCGCCUGCAUCCUCGUGCAUCCAACUGCCGUAAAACCAAGUGUGGCCACACAAACAACCUGCGCCCCAAGAAGAAGCUGAAGUAGAAUGUCGAGGUCCGGUUGCCCAUGUUAGGCUUGCAUUUGUGCUGAAUUUCCAAUAAAAGCCUGUUGCAUUGCC